AUGAUAUCAGGGAAAGAGCUGAGAUUGGUUUCUCUACUGACGCUAGAUUCUGUGUUCUUCUUCUUAGAAAUAACCAUCGGUUACAUGUCACAUUCAUUAGCCCUUAUUGCAGAUUCGUUCCAUAUGUUAAAUGAUAUUUUCUCUUUAUUGGUGGCCUUAUGGGCUGUUAAAGUUGCUAAGGAACGUAAUCCAGAUUCUAAAUAUACAUACGGCUGGAAAAGAGCUGAAAUUCUGGGUGCUUUAGUUAAUGCCGUUUUUUUGAUCGCAUUAUGUUUUUCCAUUUUUAUUGAAGCACUUCAAAGACUACUUCAACCUCAAGAAAUUCAAAAUCCCAAAUUGGUUAUGUAUGUUGGGUUUGCCGGUUUGAUAUCUAAUUUUGUCGGUAUUAUAUUAUUCCAUGAUCAUGGUCACUCCCACGGUGCACUUGAUGAACAUGAACAUCCUACCGAUUUAGAAACUGGACAUACACAUUCACAUGCCGAAUCGCUAGACCCAUUGGAAGAAGAAGGUGAAACAAGCGCACCCUGCUCUGUGUCAGAUAUGAACGAUUCAAAUGAAAGUGUCACAAAUAUAAUGCCAGAUAGAGUUGUCAAUAGAAUGAGUGUCAGUUUGGAGUCCGCACAAACUCCACUUUUGAAGAAGAAGAAGGCAAAACCAAAAGCAUCUCAUGGAUCUUUGAAUAUGCAUGGUGUCUUCCUUCAUGUUAUGGGUGACGCUUUGGGUAAUAUUGGUGUUAUCGCUGCUGCAUUAUUUAUCUGGAAGACAGAUUACUCAUGGAGAUUCUAUUCAGAUCCCUUGGUUUCACUUGUAAUUACGGUCAUUAUCUUUUCUUCAGCACUCCCAUUGUCACGUAAGGCUUCAAGAAUAUUGUUGCAAGCCACUCCUUCUACGAUUUCAGCUGAUGAAUUAGAAAAAGAAAUAUUAAAAAUUCCAGGUGUUGUUGCUGUCCAUGAUUUCCAUAUUUGGAACCUGAACGAAUCUAUUUAUAUUGCAUCAAUUCAUGUUGAGGUAGAUCUAACACCAGAAAACUACAUGGAUUCUGCAAGAUUGAUUAGAAAUAUCUUCCAUAAUUUUGGUAUUCAUUCUGCUACAGUUCAACCUGAAUUUGUCUCAGGAAAUGUUGGCCCAGAAAUUAGAAGAAGAUUCUCCAUGAUUGCAGGUGGUUCUAAUGAAUUUCAACCACCCAGCCUCCCAACUACCAGCAAGAGUUCAAACAAUGCUUCUUCAACUCCUGUUUAUGGAACGACUUGCGACUCCCAGACAUAA